AGAUAUAUUAGUCACUGUGACCAAGUCACCCACUCUAUGACUCUAAUAGGAUGCCUUUCGCUAUCGUUGACUUGUACGAAUAAUUGCACAAAUGUUUUAGUAUUAAUAGAAGGUUAAAAUGGUCGUCCUUCUGUACUAAAUUAUUUUCUAUUUGUAUUAAUGGAACCAUAAAAAGGACGAUAAUAACAGGAAUUAUGUGGUGCCAUCAUGGUACUAGCUAGCCCAAUCAGUGAAUCGACCAUUCAAGUUUAAUAGGUUUGAUUUCAAAAAAAUUCGUUGAGAUUUAUUUGUGUAAAAAACGAGUAAAAAAGGUUUACACGAUUCAUUUUUUUUUCAAUUUCAAUACCGAGAAAGUAAGAAAGUAUGUCGAGUUUUUUCCAACUAAAAAACACUUCGUAACCUGUUUGUAAUGCAUUGAAUUCCCUCACUAAUAUCCUUUUCUUAGGAGUUCUAUCAUCCUUUUUUAUGAUCAUAUCAUUCACAUAAAUUAACUAAGCCAUCAUACCUCGGCUGGAGCAAAUUGUAACAGUGACUGAUCGUUCAAACCUUUGAACGUUGGACAAAACGGUCAACAACAGUUUAAUUUGUAAUGACAUGGUAACGAAAGUGUGAAAUUGUAAGAAAUUAUCAACUUAUUUGAUAUCUGACCAUUUUGUUCUAUGUACAAACUUUUGUUACCAUAUUGUUAUAAAUUACAGGUUUGUGACUGUUCUCUACUAAGUGCAAAGGUUUGUGACCAUUUAUAAGAGAACUUUUUGUUUUAAUACUGGUAGUUCUUCGAUACCUUUUCGGAAUGGGAGAAGUUUUUAAUUAUACCUUCUAAAGAGAGAAAGUUAAGAAUCGAACAUUGGUAAGAUAAAAACACUCCAACAAAUUUCUGCAAGACUAUCAAACAACAUAACUGGUCAACAAAAAAAGAUAUAGACCAUCACUAAAGCGCUCCACCAAGUAGAUGAGUUGAACCAAGGAGAAGACCGACUUUAUAUCAAGCCACAAGUGGUAAUAAAGUCAUAGGAGGCAGCAACUGCUAGUAGAGGUAGAUCACUCAGGCCCGACAUGUGAAGUAUUAGCUUACUAGGGCUGAUAGCAGGUCAGUUAUGGGUAUAGCGAAAGUGGAAAAACAAACAUCGAAUACUGGUAUCGGUUAACCGGAUAUGAGAUUACCAGUUAUACCGAACUACGCACUGCCAAGUAAAUACAUCGUGGCAAAAGAGCGAGAAAUCCCCCAAAUUGGGUUUUCCGGUCUCUUCCAUCAUCCACCUCGCAAUCUCCUUAAACUCCCUCGCAGUCGCGGACCUCUCCUCGUCCACCAAAUCCAUUGAAAGGAUGGUCACCGACAGAACGUUCAACUGGGGAUCAGACCUAGUCAUGACAAAGAUAUGUUGUUUGGGAGGACCGAAGAUAGUGUCUCUCCUAGAUUUGGAUUGUUUCGAAUAGCGACCAGCGACAGUUCCUCUCUCUGAUGAGUGGCGAACUGAUGCUGAUAAGGCGUCGCUGCCAUCGAUCUUUAGGGUUAGGUUGCUGAUUGGGAGGAACGAAGACGAGAGAAGAUAAGUGAGGCAUGCAGGGGAAGGCUCAUAUGUCUUCUAACUUCCAGCUACGCAUGAAGUCUUGUUUCGCCGCAAUGGCCCCUUCUUCCAUAGAGGCAAUGAAUCAUGCUUCAAGUGCAUGCAUUUGGGUCAUGCUCAUUCAACUAAGUGAUAGAGAUGAGAAGUUGAGAUAUCCAGGAGGAAUCGUGGAUCCUGGUGGAAUUGGGGAGUCAUAUCAUGAUUGGGUGCUGCUUCUGCUCUCCCAUGCUCUACAGAGGAUGCUCGAUUGGGAAGAAGAUGAAGCUAGAGAGGUUAGUUGGGUUCUCUCGAAGGCAGGCAGGGAAGUGAAAGGAUGGAUGAAGGUUGUUUGCUCGCUGCAAUGAGCUCAUGAGUUUCGGUAAUCCAGUAUACCGGAUAACCGUAAGUUAAUUACUGGGUACACUCCGUUAUACCAGUUUUUGUUUUUUUUUUAUAACGGGAAACACCCUCCACCGUCACCACAUUUUAUGAUGCUGUAGUUAGCGAUACGAUUUCUGGAUGUACCGUUAACCGACAAAACGAAUACCACCCUUAAGCUUACCUGGACAAGUAAGGGAUGGGACGAACCCAAACAAUAAACCAUUCAUUACACAAUGUGUGUGUCUCAAGAAACAAGUUGAUAAAUUUUAGCGGUUAACAGCCAAUCCACCUAAAAGAGAUGAUGGCGGUAGGUUAUUGUAUUUGACAAAAGGUAAGAGGCAUAAUUGUUUUUUUUAGAGAAUGUAUAAAAAGAAAAUGAUGGACAUUAGGAACUUUAGCAACACACUCCCUUAUUUUCCAUCUUCUCCAUCCAAGUAACAUGGGUUGACGACGACAAAAUCAAAGUCGGCCAGCGUCGCUUGCCUCUCUCUAUCAUCCUCCCGCCGGUCUGAUAAGGAAUUGACCAGAGAAGGUCCUUUCAUAGCACGAUGCCAACGAUUCUUGGUUCGCGGCACAACCUUGUCAACUGCCGUUAUUCUUUGUUUGGGCCGGGAAGACAAGGAGAUUGAAGUCACUGAGUGCAUACUGGUCGAGGGAAGUCGUUUUCUUAGUUGAGUGUGGCGUUUUGCCAAUUUUUGGUGGUUAACAACCAUUAUCGGUUAUUAAUCAGUUAACUGCUAACGUCGAUUAUAAACUGUGUAUGGCUCGGUAACUCAAUAAGGAAUUAUCAUCCUCUGUGAAGAGAUUCUAAUUCUUCUUAGGGAUUAUUGAUUUAACCAUUAACAAUUGGUUAACGAUGCGGUUAGUGAUUAAACCGUUAAGCAUUUAUGAUCACUAAUCUUAUUGCUUUGUUUUCUGGUGUCUUUUUCAAGACCAAUACUACGUUGCCGCUAUUAAAAGUAUGGUACCGGUACCGCAACAUUUAAUUGGUCCACGUGUCAAUUUAUGUGGCUUGAUUAUUUUUGUUAAAAUCCAACCCCAAAUCAUCAAGACUUGGGCCAUGACUCAUCAACUGAACUAUUCACCCACGAAUAAAAAAAACUAUAUCCA